AUGGCAUUACCUUCUGCAAAAUCUCCCUCAGGUCAUCCAUGGAUUCUACCUCAUUUUCGGGAAAGUUUAAGGUAUCCGUGGUCCGCAAGUUGCGAAGGCCUUCCUCCAAGACACAUAUUCUACGAUGCUAAGUUCUAUCCCUAUCAUACGUCUUCGACAACAGCACCCGUCUUCGCGCUUGUUGGCAACCGAGAGAUCGUAAUAUGCCGUCCCUCUACUAUUAGAGGCGAGGGUCUGGUCCGUAUCCAUGUCUUUCGAGAUCUUGAGCCGGUCCCAGAUGAUUGGUCGAUCCAUUUGUCGUCAAUUCUCAAUAGUUGUGCUUGGAACUAUGUUGAACAAUCAGUGCCACUCAUCUCAGUGGCUGGCCCAAGCGGUCUCAUCAAAGUCCUCAAUGCUCUUACUGGGGACCUUGUCACUACGCUUGUCGGCCAUGGCGCAGAAAUAAACGACUUAGCCACACAUCCGUUGUAUCCAUGGAUUCUCGCUUCUGCCUCUGGAGACCACUCUAUCAGGAUUUGGGAUCUACGCCGAAAGAUUGAGCUUGGGGAAAAUGCUUGCUUGAUCAUUUGCGGUCAUGGACAUGGGCAUAAAGAACCAGUUCUAACAUGUGCCUGGCAUAGCUCAGGGACAUACUUGAUCUCUGGGGGUCAAGAUCAUAUGGUGUGCAUUUGGACCAUUCCCGACCUCGCACCUGCCAGUCUGCUCUUCGACGUGGGUGAAAAGCCAGCUAAGGCCCUAAGAUCGUCAGCUGAAACAAAAGUGAUCCAUUAUCCUCAUUUUGCGACAUCAGCAGUCCAUUCGAACUAUGUUGACUGUGUCUGCUUCUAUGGAGAUCUAAUUCUGUCUAAAGCUGCCGAGGAAAAUAAGAUUGUUCUUUGGAUGGUCACCGGAUUCGAUUCCAGAGCAUUAACCCCUUCACAAGAGUGUGCACCAGGAGCAGGCACGUUUCAAGACACUCGCUCUGGAUUUCUUCCACAGAGUGCCUGUAGCCAGGAAUCUGAAAGAACAGGCCCUCAAGAGCCUUUGCGCGCCUCUAGCAUCCCUUUAUUUCACCGCCUGCUCGAGUUCCAGGUGCCUUUUAGCGAGCUCUUCUACAUGCGCUUCUCACUGCUCAUGCCUACUCAGACACACCCUCACCUUCAUCCGGUGCUUGCAAUUGGGAACACGAAGACAAAGGUCUUCUUCUGGGACCUCAUGGGCCUCGAGAUGGGACAUGAUGCGGGCAUGACAGGCCCAAACGACGAAGAUAAGUUCAAACGUCCUGACAGCAAAAGCAAAAGGAAAGCAGGGGAGCCUUUCAGUCGAAGGGCGCUUGAAGGCUAUUCCGCCUCCGAUGUCCGAUCGGAAUCACCUCUCGCUUCUUCAUCCCGUCGAUCCUCAUCGGUAAUAACGACAGCCAACGCUUCAUCACCAGCGAUGUCAUCUUUGCAGGAGCCAGAAGUCUCCACGACAGGAACUUCCCCUGCUUUAUUUGAUCCCCCGUCCGUAGUGCCGAGCAUGCUGCCUCGCAUGAACAAGUACAGGAUCAAUGAUCCUUUUAUGCCUGUUCCGGCUCAUUAUAGCCACACUCCGAACGUCAAUUACCAUCUCUCUGCAAGACAAGCAGCAUGGAGUCCAUGCGGAAGGUGGUGUGUUAUCGCCGGCGAGUCAGGCUCAAAGGAUGCCAUGGCUGUAAUCUAUGAUAGAUGGGUAUGA